AUGUCAUCAACUGAAUCGAACCCCGCUCUCUCAUCGGCUUCUGACGAUCAUCAGUCCGGAAGGGACGACGGGUCGCGGAAGGAAAUGAUGGUCAAUCCACAACCAGCAAAGGCCAGGGAACGGUCUUCUAAGAAGAGAGGUCGCCCUCAAAAAGUGCAGGAUGCUCAGACACCUGCGGAGUAUCAGAGACGCCGGGCUCAGGUCCGUCUAGCACAGCGCGCCUACCGUUCCCGUCAAGAAGCCACUAUGUCGCAGCUGAAGAAUCGAAUCGCUGAAAUGGAAUCGGUGAUCGAGACGAUGACGGAAGCCUUUCUUGCUUUUAGCGACACGCUAAUGCAAUCGGGUGUAUUAAAUGCAUCUCCUGAUAUUGCUCAGUCCCUUAAAGAGGUGACCGCCAAGUAUGUCACACUUUCAAGUCAGAUGACCGAAACAGACGGAGAUUACGCUACGCCGCAAGAUAAAGCAUUGUCCCAAAUCACUGCGUCAGAACAGUUAUCCUUCCACUCGGCAGAUCAGACAAGCGAGUCAUCAGACUCCGUGGUCGCUGUCAAAACAGGCCCCGGAAACGGUGAUCUCGGCGGCGCAGAACCCGUCGGCGCACUGAUACCGAUCGAGACACCGGACAUGGCUAAUGGCUCCAUUUUUCCUAUCACAACUCCGAUAAAUAUCAGAGUCCCAUCUCCUCACCUCAUCAACAUACGCACACCUAUGUCGCAUCUAUACGGUCCGGAUAGCCCCUUCUUCGCCCAGCGGUUGCACCUGGCCGCCUAUAAGCUCGCACACCGAUACCUCAAGAAUCCAGCUGUUCCCGACUCCGCGUUACUUCGGAACUUUGGUUUCCUGAUGACCAGAUGGAGUCGACGCCAACUUAUCACAUACUUGAAUUCGUUUCUGAAAUCCUCCGAGGGAGUUGAAGUUUCUAAGAAAUUCAAUAUUCCCUUGCUGAACCUGGGCGGUGCCGGGUUACACUACCCACAGAAGCAUUCGCCCCUCAGCGAUCCUAAUCCUUAUUGGCUUCCCUCGGCUGAAGAUAUUUCGAUGAUGUAUGCAAAUGGAUUGAGUAUUCAAGACCUUGAAGAGCCCUGGUUUGACCCGGGAGACGUGGAGGGAUUCCUUGAGGAGCAGGGCAUCAUUCUUUCCAAUCGAAAUAUGUUUCCAGAAGGCUUACAGAGCGAUCGUCAGGAUGUGGUUGCUAGAACAUGGCAGUCAGGUCUUCUGGAUGACCAAGCGGUUUUCUCGCGGGGUCCCAUGUUCGCUGUCGAUGAAGAUCAAUUGAUCAAUUGUAAGCCCAGUUGGACUGCGUACCAGUAUGACAUUGAGCGCUAA